GUGUGGCGGCGCGCUGGCCAAUGGCGCGGCUGGGCGGGCCGGGGCCCAGCGGCGGCGGCGACGGCGGGGGAUGAACGCGGGGAGCGCGCGGGAGAUUCGCCAGCUGCAGAAGGCGAAGGAGAAGGCCCAGCGCAGCGGGAGCCUGGUGGAAGAGGCUGCGGUCUGUAACCAGCUGGGGGAGAUCCUGGCCAGCCAUGGACGCUACGAGGAGGCUCUGGAGGAACAUCGGCAGGAGCUGCAGCUGCUGGAGGGGGCCGGGGACAGCAUCGGCUGCGCUGUGGCCCACCGCAAGAUCGGCGAGCGCCUGGCGGAGCUGGAGAACUACGAGGCUGCGCUGAAGCACCAACACCAGCAUCUGGAGCUGGCCAGGUCCCUGUCAGAUGACACGGAGCAACAACGAGCCUGGGCCACCAUUGGCCGGACGUACAUGUUCAUGGCAGACAGCCGCACGCAGGGGGAGGAGGCAGCGGGGCUGCCGGCGCUGCGCAAGGCUGAACAGGCUUUCCACACCAGCCUGGCCAUUGUGGAGGAGAAACUGGAAGGAGCUGUGCCGCACCGGGAGCUGACGGAGAUGAGGACCCGGCUGUACCUCAACUUGGGUUUGGUCUACGACAGCUUGAAGGAACCAGCCAAGUGUGACAACUACAUCAAAAAAAGCAUCUUCCUCUCCGAGCAGGGGCAGCUUUAUGAAGAUCUCUACCGUGCUUACUUCAACCUGGGGAGCAUCCACCUGCGGGAGGGUGAGCACUCCGGGGCCCUGCGCUGCCUGGCCCGGGCACGCGACUGCGCCCGCAGGAUGAAGGAGAAGGGGAUGGAGAGCGAGUGCUGCAGCAGCACAGCCCAGGUCCUGCUGAGUUUGGGUGACUUUGCGGCUGCCAAGCGCUCACUGAAGCAAGCCUACAUGCUGGGCUCGCGGCAGCCCUGGCAGCGAGACCUCAUCCGAUCCAACCUCCGUUAUGCCACCAAGGUGGUGCGGCUGCAGGAGGCUCUGGAGGAGGCAGCGGCUAGUGACCCAUCAGCAGCCCUGGCCCUCUGCGAGCAGCUUGGGGACACCUUCUCCAAGCACGGGGACUACGGCCGGGCUGCAGAGUACUACCAGAGGCAGCUGACCUUUGCCCAGGCGCUGGGGAGGCCAGCGGGGGAGCUGGCCGUCAUCCAUGUCUCACUGGCCACCACCUUUGGAGACCUGAAGGACCAUGUGCGAGCUGUCCACCAUUACCAGCAGGAGCUGGCCCUGCACCAGGGCAAUGCACUGGAGGAGGGGAAAACAUGGCUGAACAUGGCACUGGCCAUGGAGGAGGUGGGCAAGCCCCGUGCCGAGCUGCAGCCCUGCUUCCAAACAGCCCUGGAGCGAGCGGAGGCGGCCGGAGAUCCCCGGCUGCAGAGGCAGAUCUUGCAGCAUCUCCACUUGCUGCAGCUGCGGGAUGGUGACACCGAGGCUGCCGCUGGCACCGUGGCCCGGCUGGAGGGGCUGGGGGGCUCCAGCAAGGAGGAGGAGGAGGAGGAAGAGGAAGAACUGGAGAGCAGUGAGACUCAGGACGAGAGUGAGCUGGAGCUGUCGGAGAGCGAGGGGGAGGAAGAUGAACUUGAUGGCUACAGCAAGAGCGUCCCCGGGCGCCGGCGGAUCAGCAAGCAGUGGAACCGGCGGAACGAGCGGGGUGAGACCCCCCUGCACCGCGCCUGCAUUGAGGGUGACCUGCGCCGCGUCCAGCUCUUCCUCAAGCAGGGGCACCCCCUGAACCCCCGCGAUUACUGCGGCUGGACUCCGCUGCACGAAGCCUGCAACCAUGGGCACCUGGAGAUCGUUCGGCUGCUGCUGGAUUGGGGGGCGGCGCUGGAUGACCCUGGGGGGCCAGGCUGCGAGGGCAUCACCCCCCUGCAUGAUGCCCUGAGCUGUGGCCAUUUUGAGGUGGCCGAGCUGCUGGUACAGCGGGGAGCGUCGGUGACGGCGAGGAACGCCAGGGGCCUGACACCGCUGGGUACGCUGGAGGAGUGGGCGAGCACCUACAGCAAGGAACUGGACCAGGAGACGCGGCAGCAGUGCUGGGCGGCCGAGCGCCUGCUCAGGGAGGUGGCGGCGGGACGAGCCCCGCCACAGCUCUCCCAGGACUCGCCGCUGUUCGACGCCGAGUGUGCCGAGCCCCGAGCCCUGCAGCCUUGCUCGCCACCAGUGGCGGAGCCGGGGGACAGUGACAUGUCGCCGCUGAGGCCGGUGAAGAAGCGGCAGCGGGUGCCGGGGCUCGGCAGGCGGGAGGGAGCGGAUCUGGAGUCGGCCGAGUACGAAGCCGCCAUCCGGGGCCUCGGCAGCGCCAAGUCCCUUCUGGGUGGCAGCACCAUGACAGCGUGCCGGCAGCUGGCACCACGGCCGGCCCUCAUCCCAGCCGAGCAGUACCUGGAGGAGGAUGACUGGUUGGAAGAUGACCUAGGGGGGUCCCGGGGGGGCCGUAAGCGGCCCCGCCGGGAACCCCAGGAGCCGGCAGCCACUUCAGAGGACAGCACGGGGCCAGAGAGCGAUGGCAGGGUCCCUGCUCGGGCCCAGCACCAGCCCCCGGCACCGCCGGAGUGUGCAGAGCCGCCUCACCCGCCUGGUGGAGAGGAUCCCACUGGGGCGCUCCCGGGAAUGCCGACCCCCGAGGCAGCCGGGCCCCCUCUCCCCACCGAGGGUGAGGGCAGGGGGAGCCCCCCAUGCCCACCCACUGCCCUGCCUGCCCUCCGGGUCCGCGUCCGGGUCCAGGACAAUGUCUUCCUCAUCCCAGUGCCACAGAGCGAGAGCCGUGCCGUGGGCUGGCUGGCGGAGCGGGCAGCCGAGCGGUACUACCAAACCUGUGGGCUGCUGCCGCGGCUCACCCUCAAGAAAGAGGGGGCUCUCCUGGCCCCCCAGGACCUGGUUGGGGACGUCCUGCAGAGCAACGAGGAGGUGCUGGCAGAGGUGCAGUGCUGGGACCUGCCGCCCUUGGCCGAGCGGUACCGCAGGGCCUGCCAGAGCUUGGCCGUGGAGCCGCACCAGCUGUUGCUGAAGGUGAUGGAGCUGCAGGAGCAGAGCCCGGGGCUGGGGGUUGGGGGUAGCCUGGCCCUGCGUCCCCCCCACCUCCCCCCGCUGCUGCGGGCCCUCAAGCUGCAGGCACCUCUGCGGCAGCUCUGGCUGCGUGCCUGCGGGCUGUCGGAUGACAUGGCCGCCGAUCUGCUGGCCACGCUGGCCACCCUGCCCGCCCUCACCCUCCUCGACCUGGCUGGGAACCGUCUGGGCGCCCAGGGGCUGCGGCAGCUCGUGCCCCAGCACCCCGGCACCUUCCAGAGCCUGGAGGAGCUGGACCUGAGCCUGAACCCUCUGGGCGAUGCCAGCUGCCAGCCACUGGCCCUGCUGCUGCGGCACUGCCCGGCGCUCACCACGCUGCGGCUGCAGGCCUGCGGCUUCACCGACAGCUUCGCCCUGGACGGAGCUGCGCGGCUGCAGACGCUGUCCCUGUCCUGCAAUGCCCUGGGCGCAGCGGGGCUGGAGCGGCUCCUCGGUGGCCUGGCGUGCCACAGCCUCGGCCGGCUGGAGCUGCGCUCUGUUACCAGGCCGGGGCUGCGGCCCCUCACCGGGGCCCUCGGCAGGUACCUGGCACAGGAGGGCUGCGCUCUGAGCCACCUAACACUCUCCGGGAACUGGCUGGGUGACGGUGACAUCCUGGAGGUGGCCAGGUGCCUCCCCACUUGCCCGGCACUGGCUUCCCUGGAUUUCUCAGCCAAUCCCAGGAUCAGCGCCACGGGGCUGCGGACACUGCUCUCUGCCCUGGAAGAGAGGAGCCAGGGGCUGGAGUUCCUCAGUCUGGCAGGCUGCUCCGUGGAGGGGCCGUUGGAUGACACAACCUGGGCCAGAGCUGCCAGCCAGAUCCAAGAUCUCCGGCUCUGCAGUCAGCAUGUCAGACGGAGUGACCAGCGUGAUGCUGGCAAAGCAUGGCACGGUCCUGCCGGCACAGCCCUCGGCACCGUCAUGCGGCACCGUAAGCUCUUCUGUAAGAGCAGCUAAAGCACUAGCAUCACCCACGUCCUGUGAUUUUUAACCUGCGCAGCCAUUACAGCCUAUAUUUAUGAA